AUGCCGGCCAAAGGUUCCCUCUGCAUUGUGAUAGGGCUUAUGUCCUUUAUCGGGAUUACGAGGGGUUUUGUUGCCGACCUGUCCAUAUUAGCCUUUGCCGGCACGCCAACUGGCAAAGUAGUCCCUUUCAAUGGUCAUCUGUUUGAUGGCAAGCCAAAGCCUCAGGAUCCAAAGGCGAGCUUCAACGUAACCGAGUUCUUUGGAGCCCACGGCCCGGAAGUCACCGAUCAGAAAGUAGAGAAAGCGAUCAGUUACCUGCGCGAAAAAAUGGGCAUCCAAAAGAUUGCAUCUACAGGAUACUGCUUUGGUGGCCGGUAUGCAUUCCGCGCUCUUGGGAUCCCCCAAAACAAGGGUGUCCUAGUAGGCUUCGCCGCUCAUCCAUCCCUGCUCGGAGACGAGGAAAUCAAAGCCAUCAAGGGACCGGCUAGUUUAGCCGUUGCUGAGGGUGAUGCCAGCAUGAUGGCCAACAGAAGAACUGACAUUGAGGCGGCUAUGGGCACUACAGGUCAGCCAUUCACAAUGACUCUCUAUGGAGGGACACCACACGGGUUCGCCACACACCCUGAUCUUAACAAUCCCGUGCAGAAGGCUGCGAAGGAAGACGCAUUCCUGCAAGCUGUGCGAUUUUUUGAGACUUGGCUGUGA